GCCUCGGUUGCAAAGAAGCCAUUUCAGAGCUAGAGGGAUCGUGUAACGCGAUGCUCGUGCUCUUGAGCGACGGGCUAGCACCAGAGGCGCAGUCCGUCUUUGGGAUGGUAGUUUUAUGGGCCCGCCGGAGACGGCCCAUGCGCAGGACGGCAUUGUGCAUCGAUGGGCGCGCUUCGGUAAUUUGCAGCUCACCUGCAGCCUAUAUUAUAAGGACGUGUAUACCGGUAAUUAUUCUACUUGUCAUCAUACAGCUCCUCCGGACAACAUCGGCUGCCGACUGUCCAGUGAAGUUGACAAAAUGCAAUCACACACAGAUAGUCACAUGUUUGCAGCGUGACGGCAACUGCCAGUGCAUAUGCAUAAAGAGAAGCGAAGGUUGCCCAACACCUUGGAAGUGGGGUUUCUGCUCAUGGUGGCAGAGGGUCUCGUGUGAUCUUAAAGAAGGCGCUUGCAUAUGCAGAUGUGGAGCAUAGUAGGGACAGCCAGCAGUAAGGUGCAUCUGUGGCCUUUUGGCAUUGUGGGUGUUAACACAAGAAAUCCAGUACUGCAUGCAUUUAAGAAAUAAACUAAACGAAGUUGUCGUGAA